AUGCGUACCAACCCCUCCAGCCUCUCGCUGCCCCAUCCGUCACAACAUAGACGGCUGGCUGCCACUCGCUCGCUGGUCUCACACGUCAUCGUGCCGCUCGAGGCGCUCGGGAACACGGCGCGCUGGCUAGGCCGAAUCGUCGUUGCGGCGGAGACGGAGGUUGCCGCUCCGACGCAAGCCGCGGGAUUUUAUCGUGCGCUGCAGAUGCUCUCAAGAGGAUUUGCGAGUGGGCACGACCUGCUGUGGACAAAGUCUCUGACUGCGUGGUCGCCGCCCGCCGACUUUGGGAGGACGAGUGCAAUCUCCCGCUGCGAGCGCUUUGCCACGCACAACACGCCGCCGAGCUGCGUCAACGACUGGGCGUUUGCGAUGCCGGGGCCGCUGUUCUCGCGCUUCGUCGAUACGAUGCGCACGUGCUGGAGGAACACCAGCCACGCUGGAGCGCACGCGCGGCUGCUCGGCUCAUCGAGGAUCCCGCGGAAGGGGGUCUGA